AGGUACCCUUACCCCCUUCAAAAUGCCUUUUAAAGCAUUUGAUACCUUGAAAGAGAAAAUUCUGAAACCUGGAAAGGAAGGCGUGAAGAAUGCAGUGGGAGAUUCACUGGGCAUUUUACAAAGAAAAAUCGAUGGGACCAAUGAGGAGGAAGAUAACAUCGAGCUGAAUGAGGAAGGGAGGCCUGUGCCCACGGCCAGGCCUGGCCGCCCGCUCUGUGACUGCCACUGCUGCGGGGUCCCUAAGCGCUACCUCAUCGCCAUCAUGAGUGGACUGGGCUUCUGCAUCUCCUUCGGGAUUCGGUGCAACCUUGGCGUUGCCAUUGUGGAAAUGGUCAACAAUAGCACUGUGUAUGUGGACGGAAAACCAGAAGUUCAGAUAGCGCAGUUUAACUGGGACCCGGAGACGGUGGGCCUUAUCCAUGGGUCUUUUUUCUGGGGUUAUAUUGUGACGCAAAUCCCAGGUGGCUUCAUUUCAAACAAGUUCGCUGCUAACAGGGUCUUUGGGGCCGCCAUCUUCUUAACAUCGACGUUGAACAUGUUCAUCCCUUCUGCAGCCAGAGUGCACUACGGCUGCGUCAUGGGCGUGAGAAUUUUGCAAGGUCUAGUGGAGGGUGUGACUUACCCAGCCUGCCACGGGAUGUGGAGUAAGUGGGCUCCACCCUUAGAGAGAAGCCGACUGGCCACAACUUCUUUUUGUGGGUCCUAUGCGGGUGCUGUGGUCGCCAUGCCCCUGGCUGGGGUAUUGGUGCAGUACAUCGGAUGGCCCUCAGUCUUUUAUAUUUAUGGUAUGUUUGGGAUUGUUUGGUACAUGUUUUGGCUGCUGCAGGCCUAUGAGUGCCCAGCAGCUCACCCAACGAUAUCCAAUGAGGAGAAGACUUAUAUUGAGACAAGUAUAGGAGAAGGAGCCAAUUUGGUCAGUCCAAACGUAAGUGUGGGUCUCUUGUCGGCAGUCCCACACAUGGUGAUGACAAUUGUUGUGCCUAUCGGAGGACAACUGGCUGAUUACUUAAGAAGCAGAAAAAUUUUGACCACAACUGCUGUCAGAAAGAUCAUGAACUGUGGAGGUUUUGGCAUGGAGGCAACUUUGCUCCUGGUGGUUGGCUUUUCCCACACCAAAGGAGUGGCGAUCUCCUUUCUGGUGCUCGCUGUAGGAUUCAGUGGCUUUGCAAUCUCAGGUUUUAAUGUCAACCACCUGGACAUUGCCCCUCGUUAUGCCAGCAUUCUCAUGGGCAUCUCCAAUGGAGUGGGAACUCUCUCGGGAAUGGUCUGUCCCCUCAUUGUGGGUGCAAUGACGAGACACAAGACGCGCGAGGAGUGGCAGAACGUGUUCCUCGUAGCAGCCCUGGUGCACUACAGUGGGGUGAUCUUCUACGGGGUCUUCGCUUCUGGGGAGAAACAGGAGUGGGCUGACCCAGAGAACCUUUCGGAGGAUAAGUGUGGGAUCAUUGACCAGGACGAACUAGCUGAAGAGACCGAACUCAACCACGAGACUUUCGCGAGUCCCAGGAAGAAGAUGUCUUAUGGAGCCACCACCCAGAAUUGUGCAGUCCAGAGGGAGGCAUGGAGAGCCCAGAGAGGAGCAGCCCUGGAGGAUGAAGAGCCGCCCUCCUACCAGAACGAAGAGGGAAGCCUCUCCAAUGCACCCUAGUGUCUGAGGGGUGCUUCUGUCUACUCCUGACCUUAGAACCAGGAAGUAUCCAUGCCUAUUGCUUUCCCCAUAGCCUGGCUUGCCAGGGGGCCGAACAUGCAGACCUUGAACAGAAGAGGGAAGGGGACAAAGUUAAUCCAGCAUCAGGGAAAGAGAAGUAGUAUCUUACAAUGACGCUAGUGUGACACUUGCCCUCAGUUGAAAAAAUAGUUGAUCAUUGUUAUUUUUUCCCUAGAUUGGCAAUUGGUCUUUCUCUCAAAGAACUGAGCUUACUGAGAAAACAAAUAGAAGAGUAAGAAAAAAAUACCAUGGAGUUUGAGGAAAUAUUGAAGGAAAUGGGGGUACUGACUGGGCCAGGAGGAGAGAAAGUGGUAGUGGCUACCGCAUCAGCCAUGUAGAGGAAGAUUUUCCAUUUCUAAUAAAGGCCCCCACUCUCGGAGGCCCUCUGCUGUGCCAGGUGCUUUAUAAACAUUCCUGUUUAAUCUCCACAGCCCCAGAGCACACCUUUAUUAUCCUUAUUUUACAACUGAAAGAUUAACUUGCCCAAGGUCAUUCUGCCAGAGCCGCUGCUGAGAUGGGUGAAGCCACCAAGUAUCCGGCAGGUUAGGGAAGACAAUUUCAGUCGAGUGUAGAGAACACCUUUUUCAAGUCAUGAAAACUGAAGAUGGAAUGAGUUGUCUUGUAGGUUAUCUUCUGUUUGGACAGGGGUGGGGGCCGGGAAACAUUCAGGCUGCCUGGCUGAGGGCCGUGAGGCGUUUGGUAUGCGAGGCUCGGGAUUCAAGGGCCCUCAGCAUUUUAUACUAUUGGAAGUCAGUGAUUCUGUGAAUUCACAGUUCUGUUUUUUUGUUUUUGCUUUUAAUAAUUAGGAUCACAAACUAUAAGAGAAAUUCAAAUAGGUUUAAAAGAGAAAAGAAGCUAAGCAAGACAGCCAGAUUUCUAGGAAUUCAAUGAUCAGGAUGAUUGAAAAGAAGGAAAUAAGGACUGGCAUUAAAUUUCAAGUUUCUACAGUAUCAAGAUUGUGGCUAAAUUUUAUCUCAAAUUAUUUAUAAAUCCUUAAAACAUUUGAUACCUUCAGAGGUAAAAUUAUAUUCAAGAAUCUUCUGUUAUAAAAUAUAGCCUUUUCUGCUAAUGGUAGGAAGCUUGACUAAAUUGUACAAAAUUAUGCUUGAAGUAUUUAGAAUGAUCCCAUAUGAAAUAUUAUUCAGGGAAUGAACAAUGAUAUAGAAGUAACCAUACAAGAGAAUUCUAGAAUAAAAUAUCUGAGACAACUAGACCUAUAGUUGAUGUUCAAAAAUUCACUUUUGGUCAAAUUAGGCAACAACAUGGAUACUCUCUAGAUAUAUUUUAAGAAGGUAAUGUUGGCAUGCAAAAGAUUAUUUGAAAGUAAAAUUAUUUUCUUGUUCAAUUAUU